AUGCUGGAAAUAAGUAUUACCCCUUUCUGGCAGAGCAAUUUUGCCCUUUUGCCUAUUGUACUCACAAUGGGUAAUGGCAAAGGGUGCCUAAUGGCCACUGAGUCUCAUGUUCCUCAAAUAAAACCACUGGAGAGACAUGCUGUUGACCAAUCUGUGAAUGUAAAUCUUCUAGCAAAAUCAAAAGUGCCAACACAGGAUGAGUUAAAUGCUGACAACACCAUCCAAGAAAAUGCUGCCCCCACGCAUGAAAAUGAAAGAGAAAGUCAAUCUCAUAUUAAAGAUGAUUACAAAGGAGAGAGAAAUGGCUCUGAGUGGGAAAAUGGAGAAGAGAAAAGUUUUGCCACUUUUCCAUUAGCAAAUGAAGUGGGGAACGCUGAAGAUCAGAAUGGAGCCAUGGUAAACUCAGAAACAGAUGGUCAUAAGGAGUUUCAUGAACAAGGAGUCAACAUUACAGCAAAUGGUAUUAGGAAACAAGUAAUCAUCACUGACAUUGCUGAAGCAACAAAUGGGAGCAGUUUUCUUGAAAAUACCGAUAAUUCAAAUAACUGGGCUGUUGGAGGUGCACAUCAACGUGGAGACACCGUUGUUGCCCAAGAGGAUAGACAGCAAGGAGUUGAAAGCAACAACAGUGCAGUACACGAAGUUGAAAUACAUGGAGUUACAUGUAGAAAUGAGGGAGAUGAGAGUGAAACAACAACUCAGAUAGAGGGUGGGAUAAAUGAGAAUGAAGAGGUAGGGGUAACACAAGCAGUAAGCAGUACCAGGCAGGAUCUGAGCCUAGAUCAUUCUGAAGGGAAUCCAAGUGGGAAUGGAGAGGAUGAGUAUGAAGACAAGGGCUCUGGUGAUGAUGAAAGUGAUGAUGCAAGGAAUGGAAAAGAUGGCCCUGAUAACAACAAGGGCCAGGAGAGUCCAGUGCAUGGAAAAGAAGACAAUGACAAUAGCUUAGGUCAAGAUUCAAUUAGUAGUGAAGAUGAUGACCCCAAUAGCAAAGAAUCUCAAGAUAGUGAGGGAAAUAACACUUCCAAGAGUGAGGAGGAUAAUGCUGAUAUUCCAGAAGACAAGGGUGACCAGGGAAUGGAGGACAACCCAAAACUCAGUAAUAGAGGAAACAACGGUGUGGCAAAUGAAAUGAGACAACAAUCACAGAAAAAUGCUUCUGGAAAGAGUCAAGAAAAGGGAAUAGAAACAAAAGAUCCUAGUAAUGGAAACAGAAAUAAUGUCACCAAAGAAGUUGGGAAAGUCAUUGAAGAUAAAGAGAAUAAAGGACCACAGGAAGUGACCGUGAGCAAAGGAAAUCCCAAGAUACAAGAAGUCAACAUCAAUUCAGGACGUGGCCAGAAACCAGAACCUGGAAAAACAUUUGGACAUGGCAGAACAGGUAGUGGCAGUAAUAGUGAUGAUUAUGACAGCUAUGAAUUCCAUGAUGAGUCCAUGCAAGGAGAUGAUCCCCAAAGCAGUGAUGAGUCUAAAGGCAAGGAUGACGCCAAUUCCGAAGGUGACAGUGAUAGCGGCAGUCGAGAUGUUUCUUAUAACUCCCAGGAAUCAGAAGAUAAUGGUGAUGAUAGUGACUCCCAAGGAGGAGACAGUGAAAAGGACAGUGAAAGCACAUCAGAGGCUAGUGAUAAUGACAGUGGUGACAAUGGUGACAGUGGGAAUGAGGACGAUAGCAAAUCAGACAGCAGCGAAGAUAAAUCAGAUAGCAGUGACAGCAGUGAUAGUAGUAGUAGUGACAGUAGCAGCAGCAGUAGCAGCAGCAGUAGCAGUAGUGACAGCAGUGACAGUAGUGACAGUAGUGACAGCAGUGACAGUAGUGACAGCAGUGACAGUGACAGCAGUAGUGACAGCAGUGACAGCAAAUCAGACAGUAGCAGCAGUGAUAGCAGUGAUAGUGAGAGCAAAUCAGACAGCAGCGAUAGUAGUGACAGCAGCGAUAGUAGUGACAGUAGUGAUAGUAGCGACAGCAGUGACAGCAGCGAUAGCAGCGAUAGCAGUGACAGCAGUGACAGCAGUGAUAGUAGUGACAGUAGUGACAGUAGCGACAGCAGUGAUAGCAGUGACAGCAGUGACAGUAGUGACAGCAGCGAUAGCAGUGACAGCAGCGAUAGCAGUGAUAGCAGUGACAGUAGUGACAGCAGCGACAGCAGUGAUAGUAGUGAUAGCAGUGACAGUAGUGACAGUAGUGACAGCAGCGACAGUAGUGACAGCAGCGACAGCAGUGACAGCAGUGACAGCAGCGAUAGCAGUGAUAGCAGUGACAGUAGUGACAGCAGUGACAGCAGUGACAGCAGCGAUAGCAGUGAUAGCAGUGACAGUAGUGACAGCAGUGACAGCAGCGAUAGCAGUGACAGCAGCGACAGCAGUGAUAGUAGUGAUAGUAGUGACAGCAGCGACAGCAGUGAUAGUGGUGACAGCAGCAACAGUAGUGACAGCAGCGACAGCAGUGAUAGUAGUGAUAGCAGUGACAGCAGUGACAGCAGUGAUAGCAGUGACAGCAGCGACAGUAGUGACAGCAGUGACAGCAGUGAUAGUAGUGACAGUAGCGACAGCAGUGAUAGUAGUGACAGCAGUGACAGCAGCAAUAGCAGUGACAGCAGUGAUAGUAGUGAUAGCAGUGACAGUAGUGACAGCAGUGACAGCAGCAAUAGCAGUGACAGCAGUGAUAGUAGUGACAGUAGCGACAGUAGUGACAGCAGUGACAGCAGCAAUAGCAGUGACAGUAGUGACAGCAGUGACAGUAGUGACAGCAGCGACAGCAGUGACAGCAGCAAUAGCAGUGACAGUAGUGACAGCAGUGACAGUAGUGACAGCAGUAAUAGCAAUGACAGCAGUGACAGUAGUGACAGCAGUGACAGCAGCAAUAGCAGUGACAGUAGUGACAGCAGUGACAGUAGUGACAGCAGUGAUAGCAGUGACAGCAGUGACAGCAGUGACAGCAGCGACAGCAGUGACAGCAGCAAUAGCAGUGACAGUAGUGACAGCAGUGACAGUAGUGACAGCAGUAAUAGCAGUGACAGCAGUGACAGCAGUGACAGUAGUGACAGCAGUGACAGCAGCAAUAGCAGUGACAGUAGUGACAGCAGUGAUAGCAGUGACAGCAGCGACAGCAGUGACAGCAGCAAUAGCAGUGACAGUAGUGACAGCAGUGACAGUAGUGACAGCAGUGAUAGCAGUGACAGCAGUGACAGCAGUGACAGCAGUGACAGCAGCAAUAGCAGUGACAGUAGUGACAGCAGUGAUAGCAGUGACAGCAGUGACAGUAGUGACAGCAGUGAUAGCAGUGACAGCAGCGAUAGCAGUGACAGCAGUGACAGCAGUGAUAGUAGUGACAGUAGCGACAGCAGUGAUAGCAGUGACAAUAAUGACAGCAGUGACAACAGUGAUAGCGACAGCAGUGAUGGUGCUAAUGGCAGUAACAAAAAUAGUGACAGUGCAUUUGAUAGAAGAGGUGACAGUGACAGGAAGAGUAAGUCUAAUAAAAAGAACAACAAUAAAGAUGACAGCAGUGAUAGCAUCAGUGAAGGCAGUGAUAGUAAUCAUUCAACCAGUGAUGAUUAA